GAGAACAAGCGUUGAGUUUUUUUGCAUCAAGUGUUGAAAGUACAGUUGUUGUAGUUAAAAUGGCUAAACCUUGUGCUGUGUUUUGGGAUAUUCAAAAUUCCAAUGUACCAAAAGGAAAAUCAUUUGAUUCUAUUGUGCACCUGAUUCGAUCAGAUAUAAUUAAACCUUUCGAUUUAAAUGAAAUCUUUUUCUUUUGUGUUUGUGAUGUUAAAAGUUUACCAUUCGAUGUUAACCAGUCAACAGCUCUGGAUAUUGAUAUUGUUCAAGCUUACAGCGAUUCAGCUGAUAUGAAAAUAAUGGAUUUGAUGAGAAAAUUCGUUAGAUUUGCUGGACAAGAUUGUGCAAUUAUUUUAAUAAGUUAUGAUACUGAUUAUUAUAACACAUUGAUUUGCCUAAAGAAGUUUCAUAAUGCAACAAUUCAUAUUGUUGAUCUUGGACACCGUUUUUUAGGAAAACUUGGUGAAAUAUCUGACUACACAUUCGUAUUGGAUGAUUACACAUUUAAACUGAUGACACCUGUUGCCCCAAUGUAUUUCAUAUCAAUCAAAAACUAUCCUCUUAAAAUGCACAUCAACAUUGUUUUAGAUGAUUUGUAUUACCAGAUUAGUGAAAGUAUCCGGAAUAGUGCGAUUUUAUUUGGUGAUUCGAUUUGUAUUGGAUUUCCUACUUUAUGGCAUGCUGAAAGGGCCAACUCAAAAUAUAAUGGAUGGCGGUUUCAUGGAGCUUUUUUAAAGACUGAAUUGUUAGCAGACUCACCUCUGACUGAAAUAUUAAAAUGUAUUAAGCCUGUGCAGACUGAAAGCUAUAGGGAAGUGAAACAAUUAACAUUCAUCAAGAUGGACAACUCCAAUGAAGUCGAUAAUAGCAAAAUUAUUAAAUUUUGUGUCGAUUGUAGUACAAAAUCAAGCAGUCAAUGUAUUUUAUCAAGGAAACCUUUUCUUUGGAUUGCUUUCGCAUACGAAUCUGUUGCACAAGAUCGCCUUUCAAAAGUUCAAGUAAUGUAUCCAGAUGCAGUCAUUUCAAAGCCACCCGUUGAUUUGACAUCAAGUUACCACGAAAAUCAAUACACUGUUGAAUCGUGUGAACAAAAAGUCUCAAUUGAAGCAACUUCUCCAGUAGAUAACGAAGGUGCUAAUGGUUGGAAUAUAUUCUUUCGAAGGAUAGAAGCAUCACGUACUAGGCCAUAUGCAUCAACCAAAUGGUCGCUACUUUAUGAUCUGUUUGAGAAGUUAUACGAUUAUGGAGCAAAAAAAGUUAUAUUUGAUGGAAAUCUUUAUUGUGCUCACUUCGAUUCUGUCUCACUUUAUCAAGAAGUUUUACAAAAAAUUGAUUCACUCAAGCUUCUGCCGUUGAAAUUCGUAAACGAACAAGACCUCAACAAACAAAUUUCAGAGAAACUGGAUCGAUAUAAGUUUAGCAUUCCCUGGUGUUUAAGCGCAGAACUUGACAUACACUGUCUUGUCGUAAAAGUUGGCGAUCAGAUUCACAUCGAGUUCAUGGAAAUCUGGAAAUCAUUUGCAGAAUACGGUAGAUGUAUUUUCAUCAAAUUCGUUAUAGACGAAUUUUGGAUUGGUUUUCCUGAUGAACUCUCUUGUAAUGAAUCGGAGAGAGAAGUACGUAAAAUUUUAGAUAAUAUCAAGUUGUCCAAAAAUGUUUCAAAGGCAAAGCAUUUCAAAGAACGACAAAGUCUCAAGCGCUCAAGCGGCCAAAUCUCAACAGCCAGGCCUUCCAGUGAACUUUUGGAAUCUAUCAAUUUGUAUGAUUUAGUUGGUAAUGCUUAUAAAUUCGCAUUUCGUUCGAGCCAAUUACAAUGUUUUGAGCUGAUCACUAAACCACGGAUCAUAGAACGAAUAAGUUUGCAACGAACGGAAAAACAAGAAUGUAAUGCAGCGCUUUACUACAUUGCUGUCUAUGCAAAUUUUCGUGAUUUGAUGUCCUGGGUUAAAUUAUCGCCCGAACAGAUUGUUAAAAUUUUGGUGCAUUUUAGCCAAGUUAUUCCACUUGCUGUCACAGCAGAAGAUGAUGCAGUCUAUUUGGUGUACAAUUCCUGGUAUGAAGCAAACUCUGCUCGCAACUCCAUCAAUAACUUAAAACCCGCUAAAGUUCCCUAUUUUACAGAGUUUGAUAAAAUAAAUAACUUCAAACAGUGUUUUUCCUACACCUCCAAGUACUAUGUCAUUAACGACAAAGGAAAAGUUGACGAAAAAAUAAUAAAAAACAAAAAUCAAGAGGAUAAAAUAGAUUCAAAUUCAUCUACAGUUCAAUCGAAAUCAGAUGUUGAUGUUUCAGAUGAAGAACUGAUGAAGAAACUAGAAUAUUUUUACAAGAUAACAACCAAUCCUGAUGUUAAGUUUACACGUGGAAUGAUCUCAAUAAUCGGAAUGCAUCUGAAACAAAAUGACUGUUUAGCUUACAUUGCAUGUGAAGAUAAAAUUUGCAGUGUAUUUGCUGAUCAUGAUAACGCAUACAAAGCAUAUAAAAUAAUCGACAGCUUGAAGUUUAAAUUGUUACAUGCAAAUGACGAAGAUGAUUUUGAUAUUGGAGUUGAUAUGCAAUACGUCGAGGUAUUUCCACCGAAAGUUGUUACAUUGUUGGCAAAUGAAUUGAGGAAUCCAAAAAAGAGUUCUUCAGAUAUAUAUAAUAUAUAUUCGAGACAUAGUGCUGCGCCAUUGGAGUCCUUUUAUUAUGGCUUUAGAAGCCAGUUGGAAAGACAAUCAUCAAAUCUUGUCAGUUUAAGACAUCAACUCGAUACUUAAGACGAAGAACUCGCAUUUGCGAUACUUUGUCCAUAACUGUAAUCUUCCCAUAAUUAAUAAAUGAAGAAAUGCCUAUAAAUCUUGAAAAAAUAAAUAAAAGUCAGCGAUUUGUAUCCAACUUUACUUCUCGUAAUCACUA